UCACAUAGUUCUCCUUCGUCUUCAACUACUACGACCACCACCAAGCACCGAGUAUCCAACUUGUUCAUGAUUUGGGAAUUCUCUUACCCAGACGAUUUUGGCUCAACCGGUACAGAUACGUCAGCCUCGACGCCCUCGUCUUACUGCGACUCCGAGGACGAGGGCGAGGUCACUCAUCUGCCCCGCCAUAAGAAUACCUUCAUCGACGAAACUUCGCGCUUUCUCUCCAACAAAUAUACCUAUUCCCGCCCUGAUAGACGUCGACAUCGUUCUUCCUUGCUGACUCAGGAUAGCGAGCACAAUGGUCGCGGUGAGGAUUUGAUGAAUUCUGAGUCCUCGCCCAGCAGCGAUGGCGGAUCUUCCUACGAACCUCAUUCUCCUUCAGCAUCACCUCCUGCUCAAAGGCUACUGCCGAAGAAACGCAAACGGCGAGCUACCGUUUCUGCCGGAUUCUCAGCCAACUUCGAACCCAAUUCCAAGACUGCGUCAAAAUGCGCAACCGAUUCGCCUGGGCCGAAAUCAAAUGGCAGAGAUAAACGUGAACGGCGAGCGACUGUAUCCUCUCAGUUCCUCUAUCCUCAAACCUCUGGCUCCACAUCAGUUUCUUCGAUUUCUACUCGUCCUAUCAUGCCGCCGCGGGGUCUAGUCCAUUGGAAAUACCCUGACAGUCCUGAAGAACGAACCUCGAAACGAAGCCAUCUCGAACCUCACCCAACAAAAGGACAUUCACGGGAAAAUCUGGCAUUCGCAGAAAGGCCUCCACGAAGUCCUGCUCUUAGAUCGAAACGAGUCGCGCUUACGUCCUCGGAUUUACGGUCCGAUCCUACACAUCAACCAUUUCUACACAAUGAACGAAUACAUAUCAAAACAGAGCCUCAAGAGAUAUCUCUCUCUAGCCUGAUGUCACGCAAUCGCAGUGCUACUAUCGCUUCCGAGUUCCAUGUCUAUCCUGGAGAGAUUCCUUUACAGACUCGCGGACGCAAUGUUCCCAGCACGUCUUUUGACGAUGAAACUUUGGCUUCAUCUGAAACUAUGCCAUCUAUUCCUUUCGGCGUCAGAGCUUCGAAAACCCGGCUUGCGGAUUCAAGUCGCCGUUAUAUCUGUACAUUCGAAGGCUGCGGAAAGUGCUUCGUUCGGGGAGAACAUCUGAAGAGACACGUCAAGGGCGUUCAUCUUUGCGAGAGGCGUAAGAUCUUUACUUUUUCUUAUGAUGUGUGUCCUUCACAUUUACGUGUAGCUUUCCGCUGUCCGCAUGAUGGAUGCAAGAAGGCAUUCACACGAGGAGAUAAUCUGAAACAGCACAUUCUUGUAUGUUACAGUCGUCCAGGACCAAGUAUAAAGAUAGAAGAGAUGUAGAUGUAGAUUUAUUACUAUUUCUUGUCUAUCCAACUUGGGAUAUCCGG